AGAGGUAAGAGAAGUAGACUUCUCUCAAAAUUGAUAUUCUCAAAUUUGGCAUUCCGUCUUACCUAACCUUCCCAAAUCCCAAGUCUUCUUCUACCUAAUAAUACUAUACUCAAAUUUGUUGCAAGUUCUUCACACCUCCUCAGAACCAUCCUGGAAAGUGGAAAUAAACUAUCUUUCUUCUUUACAUUUUUACAUGGAAAAAAAUUCCCAUUUUCCAGAUUUUAAUUUCCAUUAUUAUGAUUAAAUUAAGCAAGCAGCAAACCCUAAAAGGUCAAACCUCAAAUUUGUUUUUUGGUGGUCCCUUCAUCAACAAACAAGGCUAUUCAUUGUCAACCCAUAUUCUUCUUUCUCCAUAAUUAUCAUUCACCACAUUAACAGCUAAGAUUCAAUUUUUGAAGGUUGGAUAAAUAUAUUAGGGUUUUUCUUUCAGUUAUGAUGAAGUUGGCAUCAAGUUCAGCCAAUUUUGGGAUUUGAGUUCUUGCUGUUUUGAUAUUUGGUCAAUUUUGCCCAUCUUUUGCUUUGUAAGUCUUAUUGGUUUUAUUUUUAUUGUUUGAUUAAAUUUCAUUAAACAUGCUCAAUUGAAUUGCUGUUUUUCUGCUGAUAAAAUUUGAAUGCUAAAGUUUAGACUUAAUUGGUUAUUGCCUAUUUGGUAAAUUCUUUUAUGUGGGUGUUUUUACUUUCUUAAGGUAGUGAAAUGUAAAGUUCUUGUUUUGGGUCUUCUAGAUUGUUCUUUCAUGAAAGUUGAAUGUUGAUGGUGUAAAUAGUUUAAUAUAAUCAAAUAACAACAAUAUUGUUGGCCUUGCUCAAGGCUCAAGUUUGAAAGCUUACCAGCAUUAUCAUAGACUAUAGUAAUGUUUUACUUACCAGGACCACUGGCAUGGUAUGAUGCACAAGCAAGAUCGGCUGUCGAAUUGGUUUUUGACUGGAAUAUUAGUCGAGACCACUGUCUGGGGCGAAUAAUUUGUUUUUGAUGGCUAUUAGUGCGAUUCUUUACCAUGAUACACUCUUUGAGUUGCUCUGCAAUUUUAUUUGUGGUAUCACUAUUUUUUUGUAACUAUUGAGAAACCUAGUAUGGAUUUUAUGUUUUUGUCAUAGAUUAUUAGUAUAUAUUUUAAGAUGCUGGCCUAAAUUAUCGUGUUAUGGUUUGAAUAGGCAUGUUGAAGAUAAUUAUAUUUUCAACACUAAGGAAUCUAGUUCGAUACCAAUAAGUGCUUCUACGCUCACUUUUUACUCCAGGUUACGUCAUUCUACACUAAUAAGUUUUGUUCAUAACCAAGAAAGUUUUGCCGAGCGGUAAAGGCGUGUUUGACAACCAAGAGGUUGUGGGAUCAAAGCCCCCUAGAGGGACCUUGAGGGUGGGGUUUCCCUUUAUGUUCUCCAUGUCAGGUGUCCUUUCUUAAGCCCACCAAGCAUCCAGUUUAUGGGACUAGCUUGCUGCAGAAUCAUCCAUAUAUUGAGGGAUGUAGCUUGUGCGUAGAAGGGAUUGUGCGAUGCUAAGUUCCGGGGAAGUCUAGCACUUGUGUGUUAGCAAUGUAAAUUGUCGAACACAAGGAUGUGCUAAGCGUUGCUUCUUUGUGGAGUGAGCCAAAGGGUCCGAAUGUGACACCUUGCUUGUCAAGAAGGGUGGACUUGUGCAAGGUUCCGUGACAAAAGCAAAAGAAGAUUUUUCUCACCUAAUAUGUUCAGUUUAGUAAAGUAUCAGAAAGCACAUACUUAAUUUGUUUUUUUCCCUUUGAACAUUUUGGUUGAAAUUACAUUGUGAAAUGUUCAAUACAUCACGCCUCUGUAAUUGACACAUAAUUAAAUUUAAUGCUCUUAUAACUAAUCAUGAGAUCUGAAUAAAUUUGAGAGGUAGGUGGCUAGCUUCAAAGUGAGCUUUUUAGACCUUUGGUCUCUGAACAGAAGAAAAGCUUUCUAUGUUUGAGUCUAGUUGAUUAAAGUUGUUGAAAGAUGUAUGGAAGAUUAGCUUACAAUGAAUACUACAUGAUGGGACAGCUUGGCAUACCUUAGGGCUCAGGCUCUAAAACAUCCCAACAUCCCAUCCCAGUUGCUCUAGUAAAAAUGGCUACAAAACUCAUCGUACCCGGAGCUUGAAUGCCAUUAAUUGAGAACAUAGCUUCAGUUACAUUAGACAUUGUAAAUGGAGCCAUGACUCUGAAAUCGAGUAUUAGAUAGAAUAAAGUGGAGUUUUCAUCACCAUUUUGUAACUGUCUUAUCUUCAUGGCUUAAUGGAAUAAAGUGAAAUUUUCAUCACCAUUCUUUGCCCAAACCAGUUUGGAUUGGCUCAGAAAAGAAGACAAUGACUUCCUAAUUGCUACAAAUUUUCUUUCUUCUCACUCAAAUAUAGCCAUUUCAGGGUUUGGAGGGUUCCUGAGGCAAUCAAGUUCCCUAUCUUCCAUCACUUGCAAAGCUGACAUGUACUGAACAUGAAUCUCCUGAAUCUCUCUUGAUGCACUUCAAAUUUUUUUCAUGUUCUUUAAAUUAUCAUGAGACCAAAAAUAGGAGGACCAGGACAUACUUUACACAUCCCUAAUAAUAGUCUCGAAAUGUGAGUAUCUGGCCACAUCCCGAAACAUUUCAAUGAAGGUUUUCCAUAAACAACAUGCUACCAAGUUGCUAUCCCGGCGAAUUGGUCGAAUUAUCCGUCAUUUACAAACAUAAUUCUAACACUAUAAAUACAUUCAAACCAAUGAUCAAUUGCUAAGAUUCUGUCCAGCUUAGAAUAAACUCUAGCAUUUACCAAUUGCUUGUACCAAGUGUAAAAAUUACCACUCUACUUAAUAAUCUAAAACAAACUUUUGUGGCUCAUUAAAAUCACAUUAAAUUCCCCUAAGACCAUCCAUGGCAUAUGGAGACCGAGCCCAUUCUUUUGUUAGUUAUCCCAUAGUGGCUAGUGCUCUUAUUUCUCUACUCUGAUUGAGCAUAAACAUUUGAGCAGGCAACCAUCAAAAAGAUAAUUAAUGAGUUGAUCAAAGCAAAAUAUAAGAUUAACAUGAAAAGCUUUUGGAUUUCAAGCUAUUACUAUUCUUCCAUUAGGAUGGUAAUUUGAAUUUGAAACAAAACACCAUCCUUCAAACGUAUUAAGGCACAAAGUUCAAAGAGUACUGUUUUCUUUAGAUUGGUAAUUACGAAAGUGAAGGCGGAACACCUCUACAAAAACCUAUUCUCCUUGCCUUGUAAGGCUGCUUAUUUCUGAUUGGGAGCUUUCUGUUUGUAAGUGUUGAGGUAAUUUUGUUUUUGUGGAGGCUGGGUGACUAGUUUGAUUGUGUUGUUGUAGCCUCGUAGGUACUAGAUGCACGUUACUUGAGCUUUGCUUGUUCUUGUUAAUUUUUAUUAAGUUACGGAUCUUUAUGAUGUGAAUUUUUAUUUUUCUAUAUGAAGAGUAUACUAAUCAAUUUAUGUGCAAUUAUGUUUUUGGCUCUUUACAUAGAAGUAUUACAUAUGGGUGGGAGCUCAGGUGGCAGUUCUGACAUUGAUAGCCAGUCAGAUGACUGUUCAAUUGUUGAGACACUGCAUGUAGAGCCUAUCUUCCGCCCAUUUCUUUGCCCUUUAACAAAGAAGGUCAUGCGCGAUCCGGUAACCAUAGAAAAUGGGAAUACUUUUGAACGGGAGGCAAUCGAGAAAUGGUUUAGAGAAUGUAAGGAGAGUGGAAAGAAGCCUACAUGUCCAUUAACGUUAAAAGACCUGAAAAGUACUUAUUUGAACCCAAGUAUAGCUCUGAGGAACACAAUUGAAGAAUGGACUGCCAGGAAUGAAGCGGCACAACUUGAUAGGGCACGUCGGUCAUUAUCAUCUGGGGCAUCACCUAAAGAUAUUCUUCAAGCAUUGAGUUAUUUGGAAUAUAUAGCAAAAGGAAGCAGAACAAAAUCAAAUAAGCAUGCUGUUCAUAAUGCAGAGACAGUGAAUUCAAUUGUUGAAAUGCUUAGAAACAGUAGCAGGAAAAUUCGAUGUAAAGCCUUGGAAACUCUUCGGGUCAUAGCAGAACAAGACUCAGACAUGAAGGAAACAAUGGGUGAAGGAGGCACUAUACGUACCAUUGUGAAAUUGUUGUCCCUUCAGUCCUCAGAGAAAGAAAAAGCAGAAGCUAUCUCUUUGCUUUAUGAGCUUUCUAAAUCUAAAAAUCUUUCUGAGAAAAUAGGCUCAAUCAAUGGAGCAGUUAUAUUCUUAAUUGGGAUGACAGGCAGUAAUUCCGAAAAUAUUUUAAUUGUUGAGAAAGCUUAUAAAACCCUGGAUAAUCUUGCACAGAGUGAAAACAAUGUGCGGCUUAUGGCUGAAAAUGGUAGACUGCAGCCCCUUUUGACACUCCUACUUGAAGGAAACCCUGAAACUAAAUUAUCAAUGGCUUCAUUUCUCGGUGAUUUGGGUCUAAGCAAUGACGUCAAGGUCCAAGUAGCUGAAACAGUGGGUUCAUCACUUGUAAAUCUCAUGAAAAAUGGCGAUUUACAGUCUAGGGAAGCUUCCUUGAAAGCCUUGAAUCAGAUUUCAUCAUGCGAUGUGAGUGCAAAGAUAUUAAUUAAAGCUGGGAUUCUUCCUCCGUUAGUGAAGGACCUAUUUAGUGUUGGCGUGAGAGGACUUCCGAUGCGACUGAAAGAGGUUUCAGCCACUAUCCUCUCGAAUCUCGUGAAUUCGGGAUAUGAAAUUGAUUCAGUUAUAAUAGGUCCUGAAAACCAAACCCUAGUUUCGGAAGAGAUAAUACACAGCCUCCUCCACCUAAUCAGCAAUACCGGCCCGUCAAUCGAGUGCAAACUCCUCCAGGUUCUUGUUGGACUAACCAGUUAUCCCAAGACCGUCGAACGUGUGGUUGCUGUCAUUAAAAGUUCCGGUGCUACCAUCAGUUUGGUUCAGUUCAUUGAGGAGCGAGAUUUGCUUUUAGCUGCUGUGAAACUUCUGCAUAAUAUUUCACCUAAUAUGGCCCAAGAAUUAGCCGAUGCUUUACUUGCUGCUGGCCAGCUUGGGGCCCUUAUCGGAAUUAUAUCCGAGAACAAUGGAAUUACCGAAGAGCUGGCUGUGGCUGUUGGCCUAUUGGCAGAACUUCCCGAAAAAGAUCUUGCACUUACUCGAAGAAUGUUUAAAGAAGAUGCUUUCAGGAUGAUCAUAUCUAGAAUUAAGAGAAUAAGGCAGGGGGAAGCAAGGGGUGGCCGUUUUGUGACUCCAUACUUUGAAGGGCUUGUCCGUUCUCUUGCCAGGGUCACGUAUGUGGUCGCUGAAGAUCAUGAAUCAAUGGCUUUCUGCUGCGACCAAAAUCUUGCUUGGCUAUUUACCGACUUGCUCCAGGUAAAUGGGAUCGACAACGUUCCAAAAGCUUCCGCUUGGGCUUUGAUGAAACUUUCUUCAGAAUCCAAGAACUUGACGAAAAGGCUGGAAAUCACACCACCCACUAUGUGUGCGUCGAUUUUCUCUUGUUUUAACAAACCUCCCCAAAUUUCCGGGUUAUGUCCCGUUCAUGGAGGUAUCUGUUCUUUGAGGGAGACAUUUUGCCUAGUCGAAGGUCAUGUCACGGAAAAGUUAGUAGCACUUCUCGAUCACCCAAACGAGAAUGUCAUCGAGGCAUCACUCGCUGCUUUAUCCACUUUGUUGGACGAUGGAGUCAACAUAGAAGAAGGUGUUUUGGUAUUACAUAAGGCCGAUGGAAUCAAACCCAUUUUGGAUAUUUUUGUCGAGAAGAAAACCGAAAACCUAAUGAAGAGAUCCGUUUGGGUGGUGGAGAGGCUUUUACGAAUUGAUAAGAUUGCUUAUGAGAUAUCGAAUGAUCAGAAUGUUGGAACUGCUCUUAUCGAUGCUUUUCACCAUGGAGAUUACCGCACUCAACAGAUUGCGGAGCGUGCAUUGAGGCAUGUUGACAGGAUCCCGAACUUCUCUGGGAUUUUCCCUGGCAAUGGGUAGUAUUUGGUGCUUUCGGUUUUCCCUUAUUUCGCUUCCGGGGAAUUUUUCUGUUUAGUGAAAACUUCAUGUGAAUAAUGCAUCUUCGGCAUUGCAGGGAAUGUGGUUCUGGGAAUGUAUAAAAACUUGUAUUUUAUUUUACGUCUUGUUGUAAAUUCAAUUGGUUUUUUCUUUUUGAGCGAGGGAGAGGUCUUGGGUUGUAAAGUCCUUUGUUUCAACGUCUUUAGUUUUGUACAAGUUUCAUCGACAUUUAAUACCACUUUUUGAAAGAUUGAAUAAAAUAAAUUUUUUUAUAAAAAAA